AUGGAAGGAGCUUUCACGAGGUUCAUUGGGCGCUUGGAAGGCGGCAAGCUCAAGUUGGGCUUUGAGCCUCAAAGGGUCAUGUUCAAAGCAAUGGGCUGCUUCUGGUGGGAGAAACCUUCUGUCAUCAAAAGGCAAGUCAUCAACAGCCUCAUUGUAUCAUUGUCAUUUCUGACUGGGAUAUCAAAGCUCAUCAUAUUCCACUUGACAUCCAAUAACUUCAAAGCAAUGGUGGACUUUUUGGAGUCAUUACCCCAUGACGGCAGAGUGUUCCCGACACGGGAUACGUUCCUGUUAUACUCAACAUGCAACUUGACCACGGUCGGCGGUUGGUUGAUUUAUGGAAUAAUAAAAAACGGAUGGCCAUGGGAUGCUGAUUUUCCUUGGGACAAGACAACACCAAGUGGACACUGCCUGGGUUUAACCCUGCAAAUAGUUUCAUCAUUACCAGGGGGUACAACUCACCUUAUGAUAGAUUCAGUUAUGGGAGCCGCUGUGGAGAGGCUGAGGCCCCAGAUAAAGAGUCUAAAAAGGGUAUUUUCUAAAAUUGGACCUUACCUUAAAGCAAAUAAGGUCGGUGACAUUCGUUACAUCUUAACCAGCGUCUUGCCAAUGAGUUUGUGCGUCUGUGGGCAAGUGUACAUGUUCUUCGGCCCUGGACAACUUCUAGCAACAGAGAUAGAAAAUAUGGACCAUAUCUGCUACGACAACGAAUGGUACCACGCACCGGUGGCUAUCCGAAGAGAACUCUCCAUUAUUAUGGAAUGUUCUAGAAAACAGCUUUCGAUUAAUGCUUACGGAGUUGCUUUUGCCAACAACGUAACUUUGUUAGCGGACCUAUUCUUUCAAUUGCUCGAUUUGAAUAAGGUUAAGUUAACACUUAAAAGAGGACUUACCGUCAAAGCACUACCAGGAAAAAUGCGUAAAUAUGUCCAAAGUACUGCUGAGCAAGUCACUCCUAAGGAGAUCUAUGUUUGUGACGGUUCUGAAAAAGAAAUGAAAAUGUUCAUUGAGAAGAUGCUCUUUGAUGGCACGAUCUUUCCCUUACCUAAGUACGAUAACUGUUACUUAGCGAGGACCGAUCCAAGGGACGUAGCUCGUGUGGAAUCUAAAACAUUUAUUACCACAAAGGAUAAGAGGGAUACAAUUCCAGAACCGGCUAAAGGAGUGAUUGGUAAACUCGGAAAUUGGAUGUCUCCUGAAGAAAUGGACUCUAGUAUCAAGAAAAGGUUCAAAGGUUGUAUGAGUGGAAAGAUUAUGUAUGUGAUACCCUUCUCUAUGGGACCUCCAGGAGGUCCUUUAUCAAAGAUGGGAGUGCAGAUAACCGACUCGACGUACGUCGCGGCGGCUUCGAAAGUAAUGACAAGAAUGGGAAUGGAAGUGAGCAAACUAAUGAAUGAGUCCAACCAGGAUCAAAUUGUAAGAUGCACACAUUCCGUUGGAGUACCUGAAGGUCCAUUAUCGGCAAAAGUCAAUCCAUGGCCUUGUAAUCCAGACCAAACCCUUAUAAUGCACAAACCUGAUGAAAAGCUUAUUGUUAGCUACGGGAGCGGAUAUGGUGGGAACUCUCUAUUAGGUAAAAAAUGUUUUGCGUUAAGGAUCGGUUCUACCAUAGCUAAAAGUGAAGGAUGGUUAGCAGAACAUAUGUUGAUAAUGGGAAUAACUCCACCAAAAGGAGAAAAGAAAUAUAUUUGCGCUGCGUUCCCUUCUGCGUGUGGUAAGACAAAUUUAGCCAUGUUGACUCCAAAGGUUCCAGGGUAUAAGAUAGAGUGUGUUGGAGAUGAUAUUGCAUGGAUUAAAUUUAAUCCGAAAACAAAAAUGUUUCAUGCAAUCAACCCCGAAAAUGGAAUUUUUGGUGUAGCUCCAGGUACAUCUUGGCAAAGUAAUCCUAAUGCUAUGGCUACCAUAUUCAAAGAUACUAUGUUCACCAACACUGCACUAACUAGUGAUGGCGGUGUAUGGUGGGAAGGAAUGGAAGAAGUGCCUGCCAAUAUACAAAUUAUAGAUUGGCAUGGAAAACUCUGGGAUCGCAAGAAACCAGCUUCUCAUCCUAAUGCGAGGUUCUGUGCUCCUUCUCGAAAUCUUCCUAUCAUAGAUCCGAACUGGGAGUCACCGGAUGGUGUUCCAAUAUCAGCAAUACUGUUUGGUGGAAGAAGGCCAGAAGGAGUGCCCUUGAUCUAUCAAAGCUUUUCUUGGGAGCAUGGAGUUCUUAUUGGAGCGAUGAUGAGGUCAGAGGCAACAGCGGCCGCCGAACACAAAGGAAAAAAUGUGAUGAAUGAUCCAUUUGCGAUGAGGCCAUUUUUUGGUUAUAAUUUCGGCCAUUACAUUCAGCAUUGGCUUGACAUGCCCAAGAUACAUGAAGGGAUUAAACUACCAAAAAUAUUUCAUGUUAACUGGUUUCGCAAAAGUAAGGACGGGAAAUGGCUGUGGCCUGGAUAUGGCGAUAAUAUUAGAGUCCUCGACUGGGUUUUAAGAAGAGUUUCCAGCGAUGAUGAUUCCAUAGCUGUAAAAACGCCAAUCGGAUUUGUUCCAAAAGAGGAUUCCAUAAAUAUUGAAGGGCUGAGUGAAGUCAAUCUAAAAGAAGCUCUGUCUGUGCCUAUCGACUUUUGGAAAAAGGAGAUUGAAUCCAGUGCAAAAUAUUUCAGUGACCAGAUGCCAGAUGAUACUCCAUCUGGAUUGAGUAAAGAGCUUGAAGAACUGAAAAAGAGAAUUGAGCAAGGUCAUUGA